AUGAAGCUGCUGAGCGUCCUUGUUCUGGUUGCCCUCCCCCUUUACUGCUUUGCUGGUUCUGGAUGCCUACUGCUAGAGCAAGUGGUUAGCAAAACAAUCGAUCCUCAAGUGAGCAUUUCUGAAUGCCAGAAUUUUCUUGAGGAUUUCGCUCAGACUCCUGAGAAACAACAGGCCUUAGCAGAUCUGAAGCAACGUUUUCUCAACCAGUCAGAUGAAACUCUGAAGAAUUUUGGAGAUAUGAUGGUAAUUACAGUUUCUUCUGAUGUGCUUUCAAACCAUGAGGCAGCGACAACUAGGCUCUAUGUGUGUUCCUAA